AUGGCCACCAUCACAACCAAUGCGCCGCCUAAAUCCUUCUCUUUAACCAAUCCUCUCAAACCCCUAAUCCCAAAAUCUCCAUCUCUCUCCUUCCCACCUCACAAGAACCAUCACCAGCGUCUACGCCUAUCCAUAAACGCCGCCGUAUCAUCACCCGAAACCAGAAACGCACCAUCACCGGAUUACAGAGUGGAGAUCCUCUCGGAAUCACUCCCCUUCAUCCAAAAAUUCCGAGGAAAAACCAUCGUCGUCAAAUACGGCGGCGCCGCCAUGACCUCCCCGGAGCUAAAAGCCUCCGUCGUCAGCGACCUCGUCCUCCUCGCGUGCGUCGGUCUCCGCCCCAUCCUCGUCCACGGCGGAGGCCCCGACAUCAACCGCUACCUGAAACAGCUCAACAUCCCCGCGGAGUUCCGCGACGGCCUCCGCGUCACCGACGCCACCACGAUGGAGAUCGUCUCAAUGGUUCUCGUCGGAAAAGUGAACAAAAACCUCGUCUCUUUGAUCAACGCCGCCGGAGCCACCGCCGUUGGACUCUCAGGACACGACGGUCGGCUUCUGACGGCACGACCGGUUCCCAACUCGGCUCAGUUAGGUUUUGUCGGAGAAGUUGCGAGAGUUGAUCCCAACGUGUUGCGUCCGCUAGUUGAUUACGGUUACAUUCCGGUUAUCGCCUCGGUUGCGGCGGAUGAAGCUGGUCAGGCUUAUAAUAUCAAUGCGGAUACGGUGGCGGGGGAGCUGGCGGCGGCGUUGGGAGCUGAGAAGCUGAUUUUGUUGACUGACGUGGCGGGGAUCUUGGAGGAUAAAGAGGAUGUGGGGAGUUUGGUGAAGGAGAUUGAUAUAAAGGGAGUGAAGAAGAUGAUUGAAGAUGGGAAAGUUGCUGGUGGGAUGAUACCUAAGGUUACGUGUUGUAUAAGGUCUCUUGCUCAGGGAGUGAAGACUGCGAGUAUUAUUGAUGGGAGGAGACAACAUUCUUUGCUUCAUGAGAUUAUGUCUGAUGAAGGAGCUGGAACUAUGAUUACUGGAUGA